AAAUAAAAUGAAAACGUAUAGUCGAAGCCAUAUUGACACCAACAAAAAGCAAAAGCCCUCACUGCUUCUCCCGCAAAACCCUAACACCAAAAAGCUAAUCAAUGGAAUUCGACGAGAUUGAGUAUCUGGAGAAAACAGUAGAGGAAGCGGAAGAUCGAGACGAUACGAGGAAGAAGAACAGCAGCAGUAGCAAAAAGAGAAACGGAACCGAGAGAAGUUACAGGAAGCGAGACGUCGGUGAUGAAGAUAUCGACAACGACGAGGACCGAAAUGCAAACAAAUUGCUAGCUGAGGACGAGAAUGGUCGCGAUCGCCACCACCGUAGAGACCGAGAUUUAGAUAGAGAUAGAAGUAGCAGACAGAAAGAUAGAGAGAGAGAGAGGAGAGAGAAGGAAAAGGAGAGGGAAAGGAGAAAGAGGGUGAGAGAGGAGGAGAGAGAGGGGAGAGAUAAAGAUAAGGAGAAGGAGAUAGAGAGGAGAGAGAAGGAGAGUGAGAGGGAGAGGGAGAGGGAAAAGAGAGAGAGGGGGGGAGAGGAGGGGAGAGAGAGGAGAGAGCGCAGCAGGAGCAGGUCGAGGAGGUAUGAAAGUGAUAAUCGUGAGAGGGGGAGAGAGAGAGAGAUUGAUGCGAGAGAAAGCAGGAGAUUUAAAGAAAAGAAAGAAGUGGUGGAGCCUGAAGCUGAUCCAGAAAGGGACCAAAGAACUGUUUUUGUGUACCAGAUGCCUUUGAAGGCGACAGAGAGAGAUGUGUAUGAAUUCUUCUCGAAAGCAGGCAAGGUCAGGGAUGUUCGAUUGAUAAUGGACAGAAAUUCAAGGCGGUCAAAAGGAGUUGGGUAUGUUGAAUUCUAUGAUGCAAUGUCUGUGCCAAUGGCAAUAACUCUUUCAGGUCAACUGCUUCUUGGACAACCUGUAAUGGUUAAGCCUUCUGAGGCUGAAAAGAACCUCGUUCAGCCUAGUGCUUCAGGCGGUGGCACAGGUGGUGUUGCUGGACCAUUUGGAGCAGUUGACAGAAAACUAUAUGUUGGGAAUUUGCAUUUUAACAUGACAGAAAUGCAGCUUAGACAGCUUUUUGAACCAUUUGGUAUUGUGGAGCUUGUGCAACUGCCUCUUGACCUUGAGACAGGACAAUGCAAAGGUUUCGGAUUUGUUCAAUUUACUCAACUUGAAGAUGCUAAGGCUGCACAAAAUGCUUUGAAUGGAAAACUGGAGAUUGCGGGUCGAACUAUUAAGGUUUCAUCUGUUACAGAACAUGGCGGACAGCAAGACAGUGGAGUGAAAUCUGCCGACUUCGACGACGAUGAUGGGGGUGGAUUGGCUUUGAAUGCUCAAUCAAGAGCAUUGCUUAUGCAGAAGCUGGAUCGGACUGGCACUGCCACAAGUAUUGCAGGCUCUCUUGGAGUACCUUUGCUAAAUGGAUCAGCUCCAAAUCAACAAGCCAUUAGCUUGCCUGUCAAUGGGCAAACUAAUAUUGGAGCAGCAGCAUUUCCGGCACUAGUUUUACCUUCCCCUGCUUAUGAAUCUAUUGGGCAACCCAGCGAGUGUCUAUUGCUGAAGAAUAUGUUUGAUCCAGCCACUGAGACGGAACCAGAUUUUGAUUUGGAUAUUAAAGAGGAUGUAGAAGAAGAAUGUUCAAGAUACGGUCGGGUGAAACAUAUUUGGGUGGACAAGAAUAGUGCUGGGCAUGUGUAUCUACAUUUUGACAGCAUGGAAGCAGCAGCAAGAGCUCAGCGUGCAAUGCAUAUGAGAUGGUUUGCACAAAGGUCAAUUUUAGCAAUUUUCAUGCCAACCCAUGAAUAUGAAGCAAGAUUCCAAAAUGGAGCUUGAAGGGACAGGUCAGGAUUCUUGUAACAGCAUUCAGCUUAGUUGUCUUGAUAUUCUUCUUUCCUGGGAUGACAAUUUAUGCACCCUCAUUUUUUGUAUACAAAGCUCACAUGAUAUUUGUAAACCCUCCUGUCUGUCUUCCCAAGUUUUCUGACGAAAGAGCAAAAUUGAUUCUUUACCUGUCUGUCUUCCCGAGUUUUCUUACAAGAAGAGCAAAAUUGAUUUAAUAUGCAACUGAAGCAUCUCUAUCAAAUGUAAAGAUGCAAUGCAGAAUUAUGCAUAUUCUUGAGAAAUUUUAUGGUGUUUGGGUGAUAUCCUUUUAAUUA